AUGCCGAGCCUCGACGUCAGCGAACUCAACAUCGUUCUGAGUGUACUCGGAGCCUUUACCGUCUUGUAUGGUGUAAUCUCCAUCAAGAUCAAACGCGUCUGGUACCUGGGCGAAGCCCUCCCUGCCAUGGUUGUUGGAAUUAUUCUAGGUCCGAUCGCAGCGAAAUUUAUCGAUAGCGAACGAUGGGGAUCUGCCCAAGGCGGCCAGACCCAAGCCAUCUCCCUGGGUGUCAUGAGAGUGAUGAUCGGCGUCCAACUGGUCAUCGCCGGCUUCCAGCUCCCGGCAAAAUACCAGCUCACCCGAUGGAAGGAAAUGGCCAUGUGUCUCCUGCCCAUCAUGACCAUGAUGUGGCUGUGCACCACCCUCUGCAUGAUGGCCACCGUCCCUAAGCUCACUUUCCUUGCCGCCCUCGUCAUCGGCUCCUGUGUCACCUGCACCGAUCCUAUUCUGUCGCAGGCCAUCGCCAAGGGUCCCUUUGCUGACAAAUAUGUCGCCCGCGACCUUCGAGAGAUCAUCUCGUCCGAGGCGGGUGCAAACGAUGGAUUCGGCUUCCCGUUUCUGAUGCUGGCUACGUACCUUAUUAAGCAUGCUGAGGGCCACGCAGCGAGUGCUGCGGGCGAUGCCGCGUCUGAAGGACAUGGUGUAGCUGCUGAUAUAGCUAGUCAUCUUGCCGGUCGGGCCAUAGACCUCCUUGGUAGAUCCGAACAUGAACUCGCCAGACUGGGCGGAGGCGUUGGUGCGGCCAUGAAGGACUGGUUCGUCGAGACGUGGGUCUACGUCGUCAUCCUCUCCGUUGUCUACGGUGUCACUGUGGGAUGGCUAGCACGAAAGGCCAUCACAUAUGCCUUAAGCAAGAGGUGGAUUGACGGCGAGAGCUAUCUGCUCUUCCCUACCGCGCUCGGCCUCUUCCUCAUCGGAACCUGCGGAGCGCUGGGCACCGAUGACCUGCUCGCCUGUUUCGUCGCCGGCAACGCCCUCAACUGGGACGGCGAAUACCUCGAAGAGACCGAGCAGCGCCACGACGAGGUCAACGCCUGCGUCGACGUGCUGCUCAACUUUGGCGGGUUCAUGUACAUCGGCGCCAUCAUGCCCUGGUCCGAGUUCAACCAGCCCGAUGUCACGGGACUUACCUACGGACGCCUCGUCGCGCUUGGCUUCCUGGUCCUUGUUUUCCGUCGCAUCCCCGCCAUUUUCGUCAUGUACAAGCUCAUGCCGGGAGUGUGCAAGGACUGGAAAGAGGCGCUCUUCAUGGGCUACUUUGGCCCCAUUGGAGCCGGUGCCGUCUUUUAUCUCGAGCAUACCCGGAAUCAUCUGUUCCACGAUCCGGGUGCCGGGGAUCCUGAGGUGUCUUCCCUGGUGCAAGCCAUCGGUCCCGUCGUCAUGUGGCUCGUCUUUUUCUCCAUUGUCGUCCACGGUCUCUCCAUCCCAGCUCUCGACUUUGCGUACCGCUGCCUCAACAUCAAGCCUAUCCAGGAAGACGCCGUGGAGACGCGCCGCUUGUCGAUCAACCUCCCUACUCCAAGCAACGCCAUCGAAGCCGACAGGGAGACGUUCAUCCAGUACAACCGCUUCUCGCGGCCGACCUUUGACGCCGUGGAGCUCCCUGUUGUCAAUCCUAAGGAAGACUACCCUACCUCCGCCUCCGAUUCCAACAUGUCGAAGGAAAGGGCUAUUACGUUUGAUGAUAAGGGCGAGAGGAGCCAAUAA